AUGGCCAGUACUCGUGAUUCUCACUCAUAUGCUUGCGAUGAGUGCCGUUUAAGAAAGUCUAGGUGUUCGAAAGAACGACCCACAUGCGCUCAAUGCAAGCAGCUGAACAAAGAAUGCAAUUACAGUCCAAAAAUCACCAGAAGUCCUCUCACUCGACAACAUUUAACCUACGUCGAAGAGCGCCUGCAAGCCUUUGAAACAGCUUUAGGAAGGCUGUUCCCUGGAGGUGACCUGGACGCUACUGUUCGCUCGUUGCUGCAGGACCAAGAUGCACCGCAGAAGCCUGUGUCUUCGCCCAAGUCUUCAUCAAGGCAUUCAACCCCAGCCAAGGCCGAGGCAGAUCGAACCGAACCAGCCCCUGAAGCUCUUCCGCAACAAGCGGACGGGUUCGAUUGGGCCGAGAACAGAAUCACAGUAGGCGAUUUGACGGAUGGAAUGGCCGCCUUGUCGAUAAAGCCCGAAGGAACAGGUUAUUUCGGCGCAUCUUCCAGUGUGGUGCCUCUUCGAGCAUUAUUGAAGCAUGGUUUCGAUCUGAAUUUUCCCGCUAGUCCGAAUAAGCCAGCGGAAAGAGUGCCUUUAAAAAGCCAGCUUCUGAGCACUGCACCUUCCGGGCUCAUUGAACAAGCCUUCAUGGACGCCUUUUUUCUCAACUACCAUACCAGCUAUCCAUUUGUGCACGAAGCUACCUUCAAAGCGCAGUUCUAUGAACAAGCUCCCCGGCCCCAUGGACAGGCGUGGCAGAUUCUCCUCAAUACCAUUCUAGCCCUUGGGGCGUGGAGCAUUGGAGAUGACAAUUCCGACCUUGAUAUCACAUUCUACCAGGAAGCCAGAAGCCACCUGCAGCAGGUGUCUGUGUUUGAGACAGGAAAUCUUACUCUCAUUUUGGCCCUGCUGCUUCUGAGUAACUAUGCGCAAAAGAGAAACAAGCCGAACACCGGCUGGAAUUUCUUGGGCCUGGCUGUGCGAAUGGCCAUGAGCCUUGGUCUGCACAAGGAGUUCCCAGGGUGGAAAAUCAGUCUACUUCAGCGAGAGAUGAGGAGACGAUUAUGGUGGGGUGUGUAUAUAUUCGACAGUGGCGCGGCGAAAACCUUUGGUCGACCUAUCCUCUUACCAGAGGACAGUGUCAUGGAUUCAAAACACGUUCUCAACAUUCAUGACGAGGCUCUCACAUCAACAACCACCGUGCUACCCGCCGAGGAGAACGGGCCGACUAUCUACUCAGGCAUGAUCGCGCAGGCGAAAUUCCACCUACACACCAAUAGCGUCUACCAGCGUCUGAUAUCAACACCAAGCCUAACCGCGGAGGAGACAUUGGGUCUCUCAAAACCCAUGGAAGACUGGUACAACAGCCUGCCGCAUUACUUCAAGCAACCAAUUACACCCGAGUCGGACAACUUCGCUCUCGUCCGCAACCGCCUCAUGUGGCGGCACUGGAAUCUGAGAAUCCUCCUCUACCGGCCCAUCCUUCUCCGCUGGGCGUCGAGAAGAUGGACGCCGACGCCGGACUCGCCGCCGGAACCCGAGGAUCCGCUCGAGACGGAGUGCAGGAUGCUAUGCCUUCGUAACGCCCGGUGGACCAUCUCGUCCAUCUCGGACUUUGUCAAUAAUCACAUCUGCACGAGACUGGGGGCUUGGUACAUGCUGUGCGUUCAAUUACCACAAUCUUCGAAAAUGCUCGAGGCACUUAACGCUAAUGGAUUUAUGUACAGUUACUUCCUUUUCCAGGCUGGCCUGAUCCCUAUCAUACUCCUCAUGACAGAUCCCACCAGCACGGACGCCCCCGCCUGGCUUCAAGACAUCGAGACCACCAAGAAACUUCUCACCCACCCUUCUCUAAGCAACAACCGUCUCGCCACCCGCUGUCUAGAAGUUGUGAAUAGGCUUUGCUCCCCUGCUUAUACCUCCUCCGUCUCGGAGGGGUCAACCGCGGUCCAGCCGCCGAUGCUGAUGCAGUUCUCAGAUCAGCUCCUCAACGAUCCCAUGUUCGGGAGUAUGUUCCCGGAUGUGGACCAGGAGUUGAAUUUAGGGGGAAUGGAUUUCUCUGAAUGGGUGAAUUUCACGCCUCAGACCGACUUCCACUGA